AUGUCGACACUGGGGCCGCCUGGCUCCAACGCGCACGCCGCCUUGAAUUUCCCACAGGCUGGCCUCCGUCGCAGCACCGCCUUUCCGCCAUCACACCCGAAUCAGCCCAAUAAGCAGUCGCCUGCACCUCACGCCGCCUCUCCUUACCAAUCUCACGCCUACACGCCGCAGCAGCCACAGCAAGGCACAUAUCAACAUAUGUUCACCUCGAGUCAGUUGGGUGGUAAUGUUGCCAAUGGACCUUCACGCGCCCCGAAUCCCCAUGUUCCCAACACUCUUGCCGCUCAGCGCCAGCGCGGUGCACCCUCUCGUCAGCAGAUGUCACAGUCGAACCCACCACCGAUGCUCUUUCCCGGCUCCAUGAGCCAGUCAAUCCAGCACGAUCCGAUCCUGUCCCACCAUCAGCAACAGCAACAUCAACAACACCAGCAGCCUCAUCAACAGCAACCGCACCAGCAGCAGCAGCAUCCGGGACAUCAGAGCCACCAGCAGCAAGGCCAGCACCAGCAGCACCCGCACCCCGGCCAUCCAACACACCCUUUGACGGCUCACCAUAGCCAACAGAGCCACCAGGCUCAGCAAUCCCACCACCAUCAAAGCCAACAGCACCAGCCUCACCCGUCCCAUCAAAACCACCCAGGCCACCCCGCCCACCAGACUCACCAACUUCCCGCGCAUCAGAGCCACCCCUUGCACCAGCCUCACCAGUCACUUCAGCAACAACAGCAGGCGCAGCAGCAGCAAGCGCACCAACAACAGCAGCAGCAGGCGCACCAACAACAGCAGCAGGCGCACCAACAGCAGCAGGCGCACCAACAGCAGCAGGCGCACCAGCAACAAGCGCAACAGCAGCAACAACAGCAGCAGCAAGCGCAACAACAGGCUCAACAGCAGCAGCAGCAGCAGCAGGCGCAGCAGCAGCAGGCGCAGCAGCAGCAAGCGCAUCAGCAUGCUCAACAGCAGCAGCAAGCACAGCAAGCACAGCAAAAGCAACAAUCACAACCUCAGCCUCCGCCUCAACAGCGUACUCCUCAGCCGCAACCACAGCAGCAGCCAACUCCCCAGCAGCAACAGCAACCGGGCCCUUCGAGCCAGCAGCAGUCUUUGCAGCACCAGGCAAAGAGCCGCACGCCUCAGGCGCAACAGAACCAUGCCACUCCUCAGGCUGCUCCCGCCCAGCUUCCACAACAGCAGGAGAACCACACUGUUGGGGAUCUUGAGAUGGAAGAUCAGGGAGCGGCCGAAGAUUCUGAAUCACUGGAUGCCAAGCUUCGCAACGAUCCUUCGUUUGUGCCCUCGCAGCCUAUGGGUGAAAUGAUGUCACCACCACCUGAAGGCGGCAGCUAUCCCACACUUGAAGCCGUGCAAAAAGCCGUUCUCCGUUACUGUACUUCUGUCGGUUAUGCUAUUGUCAUUGGCCGCUCAAAGAAGACGGUACCCGGACUUAAAAAGGUUCUAUUUGUUUGCGACAGGGCAGGAAAGCCCCCAAGCCGUGUCAGCCCCGAAUUUCGCAAGCGCAAAACUUCGUCUCGCAAAUGCGACUGCCCCUUUGGCUUCUUCGCCAUUGAGCAGCGCACGCAGUGGACCAUUCGAUACCGACCCAACCCGCAGCAUCUGUCGCAUAACCACGGCCCUAGUGAAGGGCCUUCUGAUCAUCCUGCUGCCCGGAAAUUGGACAGUAAAAUGGUCGCCGAGGUCAAGCGCCUUAAAGAAAACGGGGCGGGUGUGCCAGAAACCCUGCAAGCUUUGCAAACUGAAAACCCCGAGUGUCACCUCCUUCCAAGGGACAUUUAUAAUGCACGAGCUGCCAUCAAUCGCAAUCCUACAAAGGUGGCUUCGGGCAUUGCCGAAAAUCGGCCAGCGAUAUACAAGACCGCACAGUCACCUGAGGAUCGGAUCCGCUCUGACUUGCGGCGUGAAUUAUCCAAGGCCCGCGAUGAUAUGAAAAAGAUGGAGGAAGAGAAGCAAAAAGAGAUCGAUGCGCUCAAGACCAAACUAAAGGAAAAGGAGCAGCUCAUUGAGAAGUUUGAGAUGUUUAUCGACAUUUGCAACGAAAGAGUCAUGGUUCAACGUCAAAGACUGGCUGGACAGGAGCAAGGAGCCCCGAGCGGAAGCAACAUGUUGCCCUGA